AUGGACAACGACGAUAUGAUGUUGGUGCAACAGUUCAUGGAGGAGGAGAGCACUGCCACUGUCCGGCGACAGCAGCAGCUGAUUUUGACGAGCCUCCUCCGCGUUCGCCAGCCCUUCCUGGCCGUGCUCGACGCGGCGGUUCAAGGCCAGGCAAGAGGAGUAACGUCGACCGGCAUCGUCAAGCCGGCGCCAUGCUGCUUGAAAAAACCUGAGCAGAGACUUGAGCAGUGUAUAUCGGGUCUGGCUUCAAGUUCAAUUACCUUAUCCGACCUCAAGCCCUUAAUUCACAACGAGAGAACAUUACAGCAUGUCCUCACAGCUGUCUCUAGAAUCAAGAAUGUGAAAUGCCUCCUAUUCACCACUAUGUACGAGCUUGAGACCAGUGUAAUUAGCUCCCUAAGAUCAGCACUCCCCUGUCCUGUUUUCCCAAUUGGUCCCUGCGUUCCCUAUACGACCCUUGAAGACCAGCAUUCCAAAUCCAACCGAGAGCUUACCAGUCCAGGAGACUGCUUCACCUGGCUGGACUCUCAGCCUGUGAACUCGGUGCUAUACGUCUCCCUUGGCAGCUUUCUCUCUGUGUCAGCCUCUCAGCUUGACGAGAUCGCGGUGGGACUCGCAGCAAGUGAGGUCAGAUUCUUAUGGAUUCUUCGUGAACAAACUCCUCGGGUGCGAGAACUUGUUGGUGGGAUUGAUAGGGGCAUGAUACUGGCGUGGUGUGACCAGUUGAAGGUCUUGUGCCAUCCUUCAGUUGGGGGUUUCCUGACACAUUGUGGGAUGAACUCAACGCUCGAAUCUGUCUUCGCUGGUGUACCUAUGCUCGCCCUACCACUGUUCUUUGAUCAACCAGUUGAUAGCCGUCUAAUUGUUGAAGAAUGGAAGAUUGGGCUGGAGCUACGGGAUUGGACUGAUAAGGAUCGCUUGAUCCCGAGCGAGGAGAUUGCAAGGGCUAUUAAGAAGCUGAUGGACAGUGAUGAAGCUGAAACGGAGGCAAUAAGGAGGCGUGCCCUUGAAUGGAAAGAGUAUUCUGUUAGAGCAGUUGAAGAGGACGGAUCUUCAUAUAACAACCUCAGUUCAUUGAUGGAGAUAGUAUGCUCAUCGCAAUGUACUGAACUCGAUCAGCAACGCCCCAAAGCAAGUGCUUGA